AUGUCCUCGGACCGUGAGAAGGCGCAUGCAAAUAUGCAGUACGGACAGCCUCCGGUUUUUGUGCAACAGCAGCCAAUACAAGCGCAUACCUACUCGAUGGGUCAAAGAGGUGUCUUUGUUCGUGGACAAGACGCACCGAAGCAAAUGAACACUUCCUCCCAGUCUAACGAGCAACGUGUGCCUCCAACAGAUGAAAAUACUGGAAAAAACUCCAAGCAGCUGCUCAAUGCGUAUAUUUACGAUUUCCUCGUGAAAUCUUCCCUAGCGGAGACAGCAGGAGCUUUUUCGCAGGAGGCCGAGAUUGAAGAAGGUGGCCAACGUUUGAAUCGCAACGGAGGUGUCUUCAAACCUCAGAAUGAUGCUCCUCAAGGAUUCUUGUACGAAUGGUGGCAGAUAUUUUGGGACGUGUUUAACGCCCGAACGCAUCGUGGUGGUUCGGAGAUGGCACAACAGUAUUUUCAAAUGCAAAUAGACACAAGGAGACAGGAGCAUACCUAUAGAAACGUCGCCAUGCAUUCUGCUCGAAUGCAGCAGCAAGCCGAACAGCGUGGUGACUACCAAAAUGAAGUUUUUGACCCCAUGAUGUUUGCGAUGAUGUUUUCAGGCAACAACGUAAUGCCUGUACCAAAGCGGCAAAGUGAUAACGGCCGGUACCGUCAAUCACCUCGAAAUGGUCAGCAGUCGUAUUUGCACCCCGACCAGCCAAUUCAAAGACGAACACAACAGCGGCAACAAACUCAACAAAAACAAAUGCAACAGCCCCAACAGCAGCAGCAGCCUCAGCAACAGCCCCAGCAACAACCGCAAGGGCAGCCACUGCAACAUCAACAGCAUCAGCAGCAGCAACAGCAGCAGCUUCAACAUUUGCGUAAUCAGCAGCAGCAGUACCAACAGCAGCAGCACAAGCAGCAGCAGCAGCAAUUACAGCAGCAACAAGCAUCUAUGUUAUAUGCGCAGCAAAUGAUGGUAAACGGAAAUGGUACGAUGUUCGCUCCAAAUGGCUCAGUUCCAAUGUACAUGAAUAAUGGUGGAAAUGUGUCCAUUAAUUCGAAAUCCAACUAUCCUCAGAGCUUCAUACAACACGUUCCACCUCAGAUGCAACCAUAUCCGCAAACUGUGAGCUCUAACAAAACUAAUCCAAAGGAGAGGAAAAAGCAGGAUACCUCAAAACAAUCUGAAGAACACAACAAAGCAGACCCUAAACGCUCAAGCAUGGAGGGACUCUAUAAUUAUCAAAAACAAUUGUUGAUGCUCGAGAAAGAAAAUGAGAAGGCAGUUCAAUCCGCGGGUAAUACGCCUACCAACAUGCCAGCACAGAACUCUACUCCAGCUUUUGUCUCAAAUAACCUACCCAAGAAAAAUGCUAUGUCUUCUACUUACUCGGGUGCUUCCCCGCUAACAUUGAAUUCUAUGAAUAGUCCAGCUAGUGCGGGAACUACUCCUAAGACGAAAGAAGUAUUUCGGAGGAGGCCAGCGACUUAUCAGCAAAGUAUGCCAGCCGCAUCUGCGAGUAAGAAGUUCUCGUCUGAGCCUGUAACACCCAUAGGUCCUAUCACACCUGCGAGUGGUAAUGCAAACAAACCUAUUCUUCCCAGCUCCCUUUCAACAGUCACAGAGACACCACUAGAAAACGACGACGAAAAUAAUGAUGAGCAAGCAUCCAAGAAGGUAUCUUUAAAAAGGCCCAAGAAACUAAAGAAGACGCAACCCUCUCAUUCCAUGAACUCGAUACCGAGCCUCGGCUCGUCUAACAACACACCGCCAUAUAUCGAAGGUAUCAUGGAAGUUAAGCAAACCAAGAAAAACUCACGCGGGCGACCCAAAAAGGGAACAAAUACCGUUCAAAGCGCCAAAGCCGGUAGAAUAGCGAAGUCAGCAGGCACUACUCCACUUACCGUAGAUGAAGCGUUGCCCGAGAGUGCUAGCAGCAACGAGGGCGGUAGUAACAACGGCAUGUUUCCCACAUCAGUGGCUACAGACCCUACUCCACAAACUGAUUUUGACCCAAUGGGACAGAACGAUCCUACGUUGAGUAAUCCGGCAUAUCAUUUUGAAGAUGAAGAGAUCUUCACCAUGAACUCUGGUCUUCUGGACAAAGGCAAUCAAAUGAAGAAUCAGCCAUCGGACCAGCAAAAACAGCAAACUGAUGCCCAAAUGGAGGAACCAUUUGAUUUAGACUUCUUAGAUCCUAAUUCAAAUAUGAAUUAUAACGAUCUAAAUUUACUGCAAUGGCAGUAG